CACCAGCGGGCCCGGCGACGGCCCGCCCCCCGCGGCGGCUCCUCCUUCCCCCCCAGUCUCAGGCUGCCGGGCGGAGGCGGGGGCUGUGCUGGCGCCGCCGCGGCCCGGUCUGCACGGGGAAGGCCAUCUGUGGAAAAGAAAAAAGAGAAAAAAUGAAGUAUCUAUUCUUAAUAUUUUUCAUGAAUUUAUUACCACAGUAUGCUGGGAAAUCUUUGAGAAGAGAUGACAGUUACCCGAGAACAUUUGAAGACAUUAAAAAAGAGAUAGCUGGCUAUACUGAUAUUGCUGAAGCUAUUAUUGAUCUUGCUGUUCAUGGAAAAGCUCAGAACAGAUCUUACGAUAGAUUAGCAGUUUUCACUGAUACCAUAGGACCUAGACUCAGUGGUUCAAAAAAUCUAGAUGCAGCCAUCAAGUAUAUGUUCAGUGCCCUGCAGGAAGAUGGGCUGGAAAAUGUGCAUCUGGAGCCUGUGAAAGUACCACACUGGGAAAGAGGAGAAGAGUUUGCAGUGAUGCUGGAACCAAGGAAUCACAGCAUCGCUAUUUUGGGACUUGGGAGUAGUGUUGCAACUCCUCCAGAAGGAAUUACGGCGGAAGUCAUAGUGGUAGCUUCUUUUGAUGAACUGCACAAAAGAGCUCAGGAGGCCAAGGGGAAGAUUGUUGUCUACAAUGAACCUUUCAUCAGUUAUGGCAAAACCGUGCAAUACAGAUCACAGGGAGCAGUGGAAGCUGCUAAAGUUGGAGCGGUAGCAUCCCUCAUUAGAUCCAUUGCUCCUUUUUCUAUUCAUAGCCCACAUACUGGGUGGCAGAAUUACCAGCCUGAUGUGCCCCGGAUUCCCACUGCUUGCAUCUCUGUGGAAGAUGUUGAAAUGAUGUCCCGGAUGUCUUCCCGGGGCACUAAGAUUGUUGUGCACCUGAAGAUGGGGGCUAAGACUUAUCCAGACUCUCCUUCCUUUAACACCGUGGCAGAGAUAGUUGGAAGCAAGUACCCAGAGCAGAUUGUAUUGGUCAGUGGACAUCUGGACAGCUGGGACGUUGGGCAGGGAGCUAUGGAUGAUGGUGGUGGAGCAUUUAUAUCAUGGGAAGCAUUAUCACUCAUUAAGGAUCUGGGACUUCGCCCAAAAAGGACUCUGCGCUUGGUGCUAUGGACGGCAGAAGAACAAGGAGGAAUAGGUGCCGAGCAAUACUAUCAGUUGCACAAGGAAAAUAUCUCCAACUUCGAUAUCGUCAUGGAGUCUGAUGAGGGCACCUUCAAGCCAUCUGGACUGGGUUUUACUGGCAAUGCUAAAGCUCGGGACAUUGUGAAAGAGAUCAUGACUCUGCUGCAGCCCAUCAACAUUACGGAUGUUUAUGACAACGCAGAUGGAACGGACAUCGAUUACUGGAUGAGAGAAGGGGUUCCCGGUGCCAGCUUGCGUGAUGACCUCAGUAAAUACUUCUGGUUUCAUCAUUCUCAAGGGGAUACGAUGACAGUUCAGGAUCCAAACCAGAUGAAUCUCUGUGCUGCUGUUUGGACUGUUGUCUCCUAUGUAAUUGCUGACAUGGAGGAGAUGUUGCCAAGGUAAUAAAACAGCAAGAAAGAAGAUUUCUGUUCUUCUGUAAAGAUUGUGAGUCCCCUAAUGCAUGUGGUCUACAGCUGUGGGAAAUUCCAUUUUUCACCCUGAUUUUGUGCAUUAUUAUGCCUGUUUUCCUCAAAGCACACGCUCUUUUACACAUUCCUGUUUCUUUAUGCUGUUUUGAUGUCUUCCAUUUGUGAUUUUCACUUAAAUUUUUUUCUUUUAAGUACUUUUAAAAUUUCUGAUGAAAGGAUGAUACCUCUUUGAAUAUGAUAUAAUAGCCAUUUGUAUGCAAAGUGAUCCUGUGCAGCAGUAAAAAUAUACCAAAUAAAUUUGUUGCAUCGGAAUAAUUAAUGUAUUGAGUUAGUA